AUGCAGGAAUCGAAGCCAUACUUGAGGGGGUCAAUCGUAGAAGGUUGUUCGGUUGAUUCGGGUGAGGGAGAAAGAAUGGCCGAGUCAGCGUCGUCGAAAUCGGAGGGGAUUUACAGGCUUCGAAACCCGGGAAGUACUACUUAUUUCAAGAUUUUCAACCUCCGCUCUUUGUUCGGUUUCUCGAUAGUCUGCGGACCAGACUCGUCCUCAGGAUACAUAGAUGCUGGAAGUGUUUGCAGGUUGAUAUGUAUUGUGGAUGGUAAGAAGGGAGUGAGAAAUUGGACAACAUUUGGAUGGUACAAUUCUAUCCCUUAUUCUAGUAAUUUUAAAGUAAUAUUGUUGAGUUCUGAUCGUGAAGAGUUGGGUAGAACUAUACUUUUUAAUGAGCGUCAUAUGGAGACUUAUCUCAAUAGAAAUGGAGAGUUUAUUGAAGAGCACGCAAGAAACACUCAAGAUAAGUUUGAUAGACACCUUUCCCUAAAGUUGUCAGAGCAUCCUGAAUUACCUGGACCACCACCGAGAUAUUCUGUUGAUCCUAGUGUAGAUUUUCAGACAUGGUAUGAUGUUUCAGGUGGAAAGAAGAAAAAUGGGAGAGUGUAUAGUGCUGGAGGGUAUGCCAAAACUAUCAAGCGGCAUGAUAGGAAUUUCACAAUGAGACUUGCUGAUGGAGAAGGAACAUCAACUCAACCUAUAUUAACCGCCAAAAUGCUUGAAACUGUGAGAAACUUGGCGAAUAUUGAGGAAGCACUCCAAGUAGCAGCAAGAAAUGCAGAAACUGAAGAGAUAAAGAAAAAACAAUUAAAAAUGCAACAAGAAAUGCAGAGAAGAGAAACAGAGUUACGAGAAGAAAUGAGGAGGCAAUCACAGGAGUAUCAAGAAGCAAUGCGGAUUGCAAAUGAGUGUGUUCAAAGAUUUGAUCAAUUUUUUGCUUGA